AUGAACAAAAGAUCUAUUGUACCUUUGUUGCUUAAUAGUAUUGAAGAAAUAAAUCUGGAGCAUCUCAUUUAUGAAGUUGAAAGUCCUUUUGAGAGUGGUAAGGCUUUAUAUAAGGCCCAAGGAAUAUCAAUUGAGGAAAUCAAAAGGGUAACUGAAAAUUCUAUGGAGGCUUUUAAAGUAUGGAAAACCACUUCAUUCACAGAAAAACGAAAUGUUUUGGAUCAAGUUGCUUCAUUAUUGGAUGCUAGAAGAAGUUAUUUUAUGGAUAUUCUUGAAGAAAUGGGCUUGCCACAGUGGUUUGCCCAUGUAAAUGUUGAAACAGGCAUACAAAUCCUUAAAGAAUGCGCGGCUAACGUUUCAAUGCCUUUGGGAACAAUUCCUCGGAGUAGCCAUGAAGACAUUUAUACGGCAGUAGUAAAUGAGCCAAUAGGUCCCGUUUUAAGUAUUGCACCCUGGAACGCACCCAUAAUUUUAUGUAUCCGUGCAAUCGCGGGACCAGUGGCUGCAGGUUGCAGUGUUGUUGUAAAAACCUCCGAGCAUUCCCCACUUGUUCACAUGGAAUUGGCUAAAUUAUUUACUGAAGCAGGUGCACCGUCAGGUUUAGUGAACUCAAUAAACCAUCGCCCACAAGAUGCUUCUGAAGUGACGAAAGCGCUUAUUAGAUCGCCCCAUAUAAAAAAAGUUACCUUCACUGGAUCUUCACAGGUAGGCCAGAUUAUAUCAAAGAUAGCGGCAGAGGUGUUUAAGCCAGUACUUCUAGAGUUAGGAGGUAAAUCAGCUGUUAUUGUAACGAAGUCAGCAGACAUAAUAAGAGCUGCAGACGCGAUUCUUAAUGCAGCUUUCGCUCAUAAUGGCCAAAUAUGCAUGAGUACUGAAAGAGUUUAUGUCGAGAAUGAAGUAUACGACAACUUUGUGGAUGCAAUUUCAAAGUGUUUCGACGAAUUCACUUCUACACAAAAGAAACUUCCACAGAGAUCUUCAAUUCAAUCCAAAAAAAUUGAUUCCAUGGUAAGAAAUGCUAUAAAGAAUGGUGCGAAAAUGCUAUGUGGAAGACUUUUUAGAGACGAUGCUUAUAUUGAGCCUCUAGUCAUUGCAGAUGUUUCAGGAAAAGAAGAUAUUUAUGACAACGAAACUUUUGGGCCUAUAUUUUAUAUUAAUAGGGUAUCGGAUGUGUCGGAAGCAAUCAGUAAGGUCAAUGCAAGUAGAUAUGGUCUCUCUACUGCUAUUUGGAGUAGCGAUGUACUACAAGCUUUAGAGGUUGCUCGUGACCUUGAGUCAGGAGCAGUUCAUAUAAAUGGUAAAACUAUUCAUGAUGAGGCUACUUUACCCCAUGGAGGUGUAAAGGAGAGUGGAUUUGGACGAUUUAAUAGUACAUGGGGAUUACAAGAAUUUCAAUACACGAAAACAAUAACUUUAGCUAAAUGA